AUGCGUUUGGGCUAUGCCUUCGAGCGCGCUCAUACUGCUCAUCGGAGUGCUUAUGUCGUCAAUCGAUUUAGGCCGGAAGAAGGGACUCGGUAUCGAAAAUUCAUUCAUCAAAGACGGCAGGACAAUCCGAACCCUAUUCCUCGACCCCGUCUUACUACAUCUCAACUAGAUUGGCAGGAGUGGGAGGCGGAGCAGUCUCUCCGCCUCUGCAUCAGUGAUCCGGGAUACAUUCUAUGGACCCAGGCCAAGAUUGAUUUCCUCGAGGAGCUCCGUGAAUGCGUGAUGGGCGAGUGUCGGGCGAUUUACGGGCAGGUUUUCCCCGAGGGUCAUACAAAAGCCGGAGAGGAUAUGCCUGGAAAUGAUUGUCACCCUGAGGGUUUGACACUUCCAAACGAUCGCGUCCCCGUCGUCAUGUCAACACCCUCGCCAAGUCCUGGCUCUAAGCGGACUCGCACUAAGUCGACUCCGAGUCGUGCUCGUGUCGCUACUGAGUAUCGCCGUCAGAUGUCAAUGCCCGUCGUCCAUACCGAGACGCCUUGCAAUACCUGUUUCCGCGUGAGCGUUGCGAACUGGUUUGCUGCUCAUAAGUCGGCCGGUUUCCCGGUUCCGUUUGCUUUCCAUUGCAAGCAGGACACUGAUCAGUCUCGCAAGUGUGUGGGUUGCUUUAAGUCCAAAGGUAACUGUAUUCAGCUUCCUGUCGGUCUUACAGGACACCGUUUUGAGCUGCUUACCGUUCUUACAUAG